AUGCCUCCACUUCUCACCCCGCAUGCACUCCACAGAUUGGCACCCGAGGAAGCUCCAUCCAAGAUUGAAAUCCACAAUCUUCAGACGAACUUGCCCCUCACUGAUGCUUGGGGUCGUCCAGCCACUCAGCAACCUGCGUUGAUUUCAGCAUCCAUCUCCCUCCGAAAGCCAUUCUCAUCUGCUUCAGAUACUGAUACUGUGACUAAAGGAACAGUGCACUACGGUAUUCUAAGCAAAGCAAUCAUCAGAGCAUGCAAGGAACUCGAGGGCAUCAUCGGAUCCGGUGAUGAAGAAGGACUACGAGUUCCAAUGUGGGGUAGAACUGUAGUUUGCUGGCUCCACUACUGCCUCACAGGCUACGAUGUCCUACCAAAGAUCCCUCAAGGUCCCGUGGCGACCAGAGCUCUUAAGCAGUCUAAGAGGUCUAAGAAAGAUGCCGAACCUCUUUUGAGCUCAGAGAAUAUCACCGUGCUUGAGCUUGAGGUCAAACUUCCAAAAGCUUCCUUAUUAGGUACUGGUGUCAGUGUUAAGGGAACCUUCUUGUACGAUGGUGCGGGAAGCGGUCCAGGUGCUUAUAGCAUGGUGAUGAAGCUGCAUGAAUUAAGAAUUCCAGCCAUCAUUGGCGUGAACCCCAACGAGAGACUGGCAAAGCAAAUCGUUAUCUGUGGUGUCGAGAUGGAGAAAUGGGACAGGGCAGUUGAUACCUGGGCUGAGCUCGAAGAGAUCGUUGCAAAGACAAUCGAAGAAUCAUCCUUCCAAACCCUCGAAGCACUUGCUACGUUCCUUACGACCAGGAUAAUCACUCUCUUCCUAAUCCCGCACCACUCCUAUACAGCACCCGUCCCAACCUCCCCUCACCACCACCCUCAAAUCCGCAUGACCCUUUGCAAACCCACCGCUGUAACAUUCGCCGACAAUCCCGUCGUCGAGUUCCUGACAGACACUGACCCAGGCAACAAUGAGCUAGCCGAAAAAUGCUGGAAGGAACUGGGUAGAGUAAAGAAGCCGCCUUUCCCACUUCAAGGACGAUUGGAUGACUGGCUCACCAUGCAAGGAUUCGAGGAUUAUAGAGAUGAAUUUUGA